GAACAGAUGAGUAGCACAAAGGACAUGUCCCUUAUCAGCAGCACUCUGACAGCUUACACCUACAUCUCCGAGCACCCUGAGCGUGCAGCAUUGUAUUUUAUGUGUGGUGUGUGUGUGGGCUUGUUCCUCACACUCUUGGCACUGGUGGUCCAGAUCUCCUGCAGAACGGACUGUAAACCUCGGCGCCGUGUGGACAGGAAACGACCCGCGGACUCAGACAGCGACUCUAGCGAUUCUGACUCGGACUGGGAUACAGCCUCCGACCUGUCGGCACGGCGACAGCGCCGUUUUGAACGCACCUUACACACGGCUACGUUCACGUCGGCUGAGGAGCUGGAGAGAGCUCAGCGGUUGGAGGAGAGAGAGCGAAUCAUACGAGAGAUCUGGAUGAACGGACAGCCUGACGUUCCCGGCACCCGCAGUCUUAACCGAUACUACUAA